CUAGAAGGCAAAAUAAUAAUGUCCAAACAAAAAAAUUCUUGGAUAAAACUUCAAUUUGUGGCCGUUCUUUAAUAUUCCCAAAAUGUAACAACAACAACUACUCUUCUAUCGAAAGAAGAUAGCACACUUAGCUCUUUGUCCAAGCAGAGCAACCAAAACAAAAAAAAAAUAAAAAAAUUCAUCCAAUUUCCCUAACUCUUUAUCUUACCAUGAAUGACACAGUGGACAAGCUGGUAAUUUUCUUAGCAAAGAGAGAUGGAAUCGACAAGCUUGUCAAGACUUUCCAGUACGUUUCCAAGCUCGUAAAUUGGCACGUCGAGACGACGUACCCUGACUUAGCCACUCGAGCCAAGCAAUGGGAAGUGGCUUCUGGCCUCAGCCGAAAAGCCUUCCGUACAGGUCGAUCCCUCACGGGAUUCAACGCUCUCCGAAGAAGCCCCGGGACCACCCCGGGUUUCAGACUGCUCGCAGUUCUCGCCAAUUCAGGGGAAAUGGUUUAUUUCUUCUUCGACCAUUUCCUCUGGCUGGCGAGAAUUGGAGUAAUCGAUGGUAAAUAUGCGAAAAGGAUGAGCUUCAUUUCAGCAUUUGGUGAGUCUGUUGGAUACGUAUUUUUCGUUAUUUCAGAUUUUAUUCUCAUCACAAGGGGAUUAAAAGCAGAGAGGAAGUUAUUGAUUGAAGAGAAGGAUUCUAAAGAAGAAAUUAAGAAAAUUAGAAUGGAUAGAAUAAUGAGACUGAUGGGUGUGGCUGCUAAUAUUGCUGACCUUAUAAUAGCCUUAGCUGAAAUUGAACCAAAUCCAUUCUGCAACCAUACAGUUACUUUAGGCAUUAGUGGUUUAGUUUCUGCAUGGGCUGGUUGGUAUAGAAACUGGCCCUCCAAAACAUAAAUAGGAUCAAAAUUUUCAACAAAGUUUAUCAUAUCAAUGUAACAAACUUCAGUUAUUAUAUGAUCAAACGUUGCAAUUUACUAUUCAUGA